AAGACCUGUGUCUCCAUGGAGACUGUGACGCUAUCCCCGGACCGGGAGUUUGGAAGGGGGGCCGACGGGAGAGGCUGAAGAAGGUCCCGGAUUGACCAACUUCCUGGAGUCCCCGCAUUAGGAGAGCUGGCCGUCACCAUGGCAAUGCGGGAGUUGGUGGAGGCAGAAUGUGGGGGUGCCAACCCCCUCAUGAAGCUGGCUGGACACUUCACCCAGGACAAGGCCCUGCGGCAGGAGGGCUUGAGGCCUGGCCCCUGGCCCCCAGGAGCGCCCACCCCAGAAGCGGUCUCUAAGCCUUUGGGAGUAGCCUCUGAAGAUGAGCUGGUGGCAGAAUUCCUGCAGGAUCAAAAUGCACCACUUGUAUCCCGGGCCCCUCAGACCUUCAAGAUGGACGACCUCCUGGCGGAAAUGCAGGAGAUCGAACAGUCCAGCUUCCUCCAGGCUCCCCAGAGAGCCCCUGGUGUGGCAGACUUGGCCUUGUCUGAGAACUGGGCCCAGGAGUUUCUUGCAGCUGGAGAUGCUGUGGACGUCACUCAGGAUUAUAAUGAGACGGACUGGUCCCAAGAGUUUAUCUCUGAAGUUACAGACCCCUUGUCGGUGUCCCCUGCCCGCUGGGCUGAGGAAUAUCUGGAGCAGUCAGAGGAGAAGCUGUGGCUGGGGGAGUCUGAGGGGACAACCACCGCUGAUCGCUGGUACGAUGAAUAUCACCCUGAGGAGGACCUGCAGCACACAGCCAGUGACUUCGUGGCCAAGGUGGAUGACCCCAAGCUUGCUAACUCUGAGUUCCUGAAAUUCGUGCGGCAGAUUGGCGAGGGGCAGGUGUCUCUGGAGUCCGGUGCAGGGUCGGGCCAAGCUCAGGCAGAACAGUGGGCAGCAGAGUUUAUUCAGCAGCAGGGAACCUCGGAGGCCUGGGUUGACCAGUUCACGAGACCCGCGAACACCUCGGCCCUGGAUGUGGAGUUUGAGAGAGCCAAGUCGGCUGUAGAGUCUGAUGUCGAUUUCUGGGACAAGUUGCAGGCAGAGUUGGAGGAGAUGGCCAAGCGAGAUGCCGAGGCUCACCCCUGGUUGUCCGACUUUGAUGACCUCGCAGCUGCUUCCUAUGAUAAGGGGUACCACUUUGAGGAGGAGAACCCCCUGCGUGACCACCCCCAGCCUUUUGAGGAAGGGUUGCGGCGACUUCAGGGGGGGGACCUGCCAAAUGCUGUGCUGCUCUUUGAGGCGGCCGUGCAGCAGGACCCAGAGCACAUGGAAGCCUGGCAGUACCUGGGUACCACUCAGGCCGAGAAUGAGCAAGAACUGCUAGCCAUCAGUGCGCUGCGCAGAUGCCUGGAGCUAAAGCCGGACAACCGGACAGCACUGAUGGCACUGGCGGUCAGCUUCACCAACGAGUCCCUGCAGCGCCAGGCCUGUGACACCCUGCGAGACUGGCUGCGCUGCACACCUGCCUACGCCCACCUGGUGCCCCAGAGCGAAGAGGGGGCCAGUGGGGCAGGGCUCGGCCCUGGCAAGCGCGUCCUGGGAUCUCUCGUAUCUGACUCCCUGUUUCUUGAAGUUAAAGAGCUCUUUCUGGCAGCUGUGCGCCUGGACCCUUCUUCCAUCGACCCUGAUGUGCAGUGCGGUCUCGGCGUCCUUUUCAACCUCAGUGGGGAGUAUGACAAAGCCGUGGACUGUUUCACAGCCGCUCUCAGUGUUCGCCCCAAUGACUAUUUGCUGUGGAACAAGCUAGGAGCCACCCUGGCCAAUGGAAAUCAGAGUGAAGAAGCCGUAGCUGCCUACCGCCGGGCCCUCGAGCUGCAACCUGGCUACAUCCGUUCCCGCUAUAAUCUGGGCAUCAGCUGCAUCAACCUCGGGGCUCACCGGGAGGCUGCCGAGCACUUUCUGGAGGCCUUGAACAUGCAGAGGAAAAGCCGGGGCCCUCGGGGCACAGGGGGCGCCAUGUCAGAGAACAUCUGGAGCACGCUGCGUUUGGCGCUGUCUAUGUUAGGGCAGAGCGAUGCCUAUGGGGCAGCGGAUGCCCGGGAUUUGUCCAUGCUCCUCGAUUUGUUUGGCAUGCCCCAGUGACAGUGGGAUGGGCUGCCCUGUGAGUGUCUGCUUGGAGGGGUCCCCGCGCUGGCUGUGACUCCCUCUCCCCAAACGGGCCUGCCAAGGGGGUGGGCUGAUGACCAUAAGCGGUACGACCUCUCAGGAGCUGCCUCAGGAUAGGGUCAGGUAGUCCGUGUUCUAGUCCCUACGUGACGGUAGGACAAGGAGCUGUGUGCUCUCUGUCCUUGGUACUUCAAGGGCCGCGUGCACAUCCAGCGACCGAUCUCUCUGCCCAUCAUGCCCUUUCUUGGUGCUGCUUUUUGGGUAGGACCCAAAGAUAGGGGGUAUCUGUUACCAUCAGCUGCCAUUUCUUAUAGGGCCUACACCAUUUGUAAUGUCUGUUGUGUCCCGUCCCCCCACUUUUCUGGGAGUUGAUAGUGUAGCAUCUGUAGUCAGUGACGUGUUGAAGGUUCUCCAACGAUGACAACAGCUGGGAGGAGGUGUGUUAGGGGCUGGAGCUCACCUUUGGAAGAGAUGUUCAUGGUUCUGGCAUACUUGGCCUUCUCCUGGUCUUCUGCUCAGAUUCCCUGCAUGGUACUGCAAGCAGAAAUGCUGGCACCAUAAUCAUUGUGGGCGUGCGCUGAAGCUUAGAUGUGGAUCAUCAAGGGGCCAGGGCCAAAUGCCGCAGAGUGUGUGGGGGUGGGUGCUGUGAGGAUUGAGACUAGAGGGGACCAGAUGGGGCCAGAUCCAGGGCUCUGUUCUAGGGGCUUUGGUGGGAGGACCCUAGUGAGCAGGGUGCCGCUGUGAGGGCAGCAAACCCACCUCUUACAAAGGCCUGUUUGUGGGAGUUGAGCAUUUGGGGAGUUUGGGGAUCACAGCCUUGCCAAAUUCUUUCAAAGAGGGGCACCAGUGUUAUUGUAUGUCUUUGUCGUCCUUCUUGAACUGUUUCUAGGGGAGAGUGUAAACAAGUCCGCCUCCCUGUUACCUCACAAGGUGAAGAGUAAGGGAAGAUGAAGGAGCCCCUUGGAGUCUUCGCAAUGCUCCUGCGUGGAGAUAUGCAAGCCCCCAGAAAUGACUGCUAAGCCUCUUGCCUUGUCUCAGUAGCUAAUGAUCAGAGAGAUUUUUUUUUUUAAAACCUACCAUGGUCUCAAAGUUCCAUCCUGAAAUAUAUUUUUAUCUGUAGGAAUGUGUAUAUGAUUUAAAAAUAAAAAUGUAAAAUAUUUGUAUGAAUAAUAAACAGCUGACACGGG